UUGGGUUGGGCUCCGUCACGGCGCGCGGAGCCGGCGGGGCACAACGGGCGCCCUCAGCGCGGGGAGAGGCGGCGCUCGGCAGCAGGUUCCCGCGGCCGGCGAGAGGAGAUGGCGGCCGCGCUGCUCCUGUACCUGCCCCUCCUGCCGGGGCUGGCCGGAGCCUUCAACCUGGACACGGACAACGUGAUCAGCCGGCGCGGGGAGCCGGGCAGCCUCUUCGGCUUUUCCCUGGCCAUGCACCGGCAGCUGCAGCCGCAGGAGAAACGGCUAUUGCUGGUUGGAGCUCCUCGGGAAAAGGCCUUUCCAGCCCAGCAGGCUAACAGAACCGGAGGGCUGUACAGCUGUGACAUUGCAUCUCCAAAUGCACGUUGCACUCGUGUCAUAUUUGAUGAGGAGACUGAUCCGAAGAUGGAGAGUAAAGAAGACCAGUGGAUGGGUGUAACUGUUCAAAGUCAAGGGCCAGGAGGAAAUGUGGUGACAUGUGCACAUCGCUAUGAGAAGAGACAGUAUGUAAACACUGUGCAGGAAACCCGGGAUAUCAUUGGAAGGUGCUAUGUGCUGAGCCAGGAUCUCACUAUUAAAGAUGAUAUGGAUAAUGGAGUUUGGAGUUUCUGUGAUGGUCGUUUAAGAGGCCAUGAGAAGUUUGGUUCCUGUCAGCAAGGUGUUGCUGCUACUUUUACUAGAGACUAUCAUUAUAUUGUGUUUGGUGCCCCAGGCACUUACAACUGGAAAGGGGUGGUUCGUGCAGAGCAAAAGAAUCAGACAUUUUAUGAUCUGGGUAUCUUUGAUGAUGGGCCUUACGAAGUUGGUGAUGAGAGCCGCCAAGAUAAGAAUCUAGUUCCUGUUCCAGCUAACAGUUACUUAGGUCUUCUGUUUUUGACAGCUGUAUCUGAUACUCAUCCAGAUCAGUUUGUAUACAAAACACUGCCUCCCAGCACACAGGUGGACAACUCGGUGGAUGUUAUGAUGAAUAGCUACUUAGGUUUCUCUUUGGACUCUGGUAAAGGAAUUGUCUCCCAGGAUGAGAUGACUUUUGUGUCUGGUGCCCCAAGAGCCAACCACAGCGGAGCAGUUGUUCUACUGAAAAAAGAGAAAAACCAGAGAGCGCUGUCACUCGAGCACAUGUUUGAAGGAGAAGGGCUGGCCUCUUCUUUUGGCUAUGAUGUUGCUGUUGUGGAUCUCAACAAUGAUGGGUGGCAGGACAUUGUUGUUGGAGCCCCGCAGUAUUUUGACAGAAGUGGAGACAUUGGUGGUGCUGCCUACAUCUACAUUAACCAGCAAGGCAAAUGGGACAGAGUAAAGCCCAUUCGCUUAAAUGGAACCACCGACUCCAUGUUUGGUCUUGCAGUUGAAAAUGUAGGGGACGUUAAUCAGGACGGAUAUCCAGAUAUUGCAAUAGGGGCUCCCUAUGAUGGUUUUGGCAAAGUAUACAUUUAUCAUGGAUCCAGGAAUGGAAUAAACACAAAACCAGCACAGAUUCUUGAUGGUGAAAAAACAGGCACCAAUUUUUUUGGUUACUCUAUUGCUGGAAACAUGGACCUGGACAAAAACUCCUACCCCGAUAUUGCUGUUGGUUCCCUUUCAGAUUCUGUUUCUGUGUUCAGAUCCCGGCCUGUGAUAAGCAUUAAAAAAAGCAUUACGGUACAGCCUGACCGAAUUGAUCUGAAGAAAAAGAACCCCGAGGACCCCAGUGAAAUAUGGAUGGAUGUGAAAGCCUGCUUUCAGUAUACUGCAAACCCCAGAGAUUUAAAUCCACGAAUAAAGAUCACGUACACAUUUGAAGCGGAAAACGAGAGGAGGCAGUUAGGCCUGCCAUCCAGGGUGCGGUUUAAAGACCACCUGUCUGAUCAGUUCACUGCAAACACAACCCUGAGGGGGCAGAACUCAAGAGAGUGUGUGACAACCAAGCUUGUACUGCAGGACAAAAUCAAAGAUAAGCUACGACCCAUUCCAGUGUCAGUCACUGUUAAAAUUGCUGGUCUGGAGUCUAGCUCACCGUCCACAAGAAAAGACAGAGCACUUCCAGAGCUGAUACCAAUUCUAAAUUCAAAUGAAUCUGAAACAAAGACCACAAAAGUGGAGUUCUUAAAAGAAGGAUGUGGAGAAGACAAUGAAUGUCAUAGCAAUCUGAAACUUCAGUACCGGUUUUGCUCUAGAGAAGGAAAUGAAGACAGGUUUACUUACCUACCAAUUGAAAAUGGUGUGCCGGUGCUUGUUCUGAAAGAUCAGAAGGAUAUUGCCCUGGAAAUAACGGUGACAAACAAUCCAUCUGAUGCAAAAAAUCCACAGAAAGAUGGUGAGGAUGCAUAUGAAGCUAAACUAAUAGCAACUUUCCCAGACAGUCUGACUUACUCUGCAUUCAGAGAGAUGAGGGGCUAUCCUGAAAAACAGCUAACAUGUGGUGCUAACCAAAAUGGCUCUCAAGCAGAGUGUGAACUUGGAAAUCCUUUUAAAAGGAACUCCAAUGUAACCUUUUAUCUGAUCUUAAGUACCACUAAAGUUAAUGUUGAUACAACAGACUUGGACAUCAAUCUGAAGUUGGAAACAACAAGCACUCAAGUGAAUUCAACACCAAUUACAGCUAGUGCUAAAGUGGUUCUUGAAUUGCUUUUAUCACUCACUGGAGUUGCUAAGCCUUCUCAGGUGUAUUUUGGAGGUAACAUCGUUGGUGAGAGUGCUAUGAAAUCUGAAGAUAAUAUUGGAAACCUCAUAGAGUAUGAAUUCAGAGUAACUAACUUGGGCAGACCACUGAAAACAUUUGGUACUGCUUCCCUGGACAUCCAGUGGCCGAAAGAAAUCAGUAAUGGCAAGUGGCUACUUUAUUUGAUGAAAAUAGAUUCCAAAGGAUUGGAAAAAGUCUCCUGUCAACCUGAAAGUGAAAUCAAUAGUCUGCGUGUUGUGGAAUCCCAUAACUCAAGAAGGAAACGUGAAGUUGCAGAGAAGCAGACUACAGACAGCAAAACACUUUCUUUAUUCUCAGAAAGAAAAUACAAGACCUUGGACUGCAAUGUGAAUGCACGCUGUGUGGACAUAAAAUGUCCCCUGAAGGGUUUAGACAGCAAGGCAUCUAUAGUGCUACGUUCCAGGCUGUGGAAUAGUACUUUCUUAGAAGAAUACUCCAAGAUGAAUUAUCUAGACAUUCUUGUUAGGGCUUCAAUCAGUGUUCCUGCUGCAGCUAAGAAUGUUAAGCUCACAAAUGAAGUUGCUCAGGUGCGUGUUACUGUCUUUCCUGCAAAACCAGUAGCCCUUUAUACAGGAGUACCUUGGUGGAUCAUCGCAGUGGCUAUUUUUGCUGGCAUAUUGAUGCUUGCACUGUUGGUAUUCUUACUAUGGAAGUGCGGGUUCUUCCGGCGUUCCAGGUACGAAGACAGUGUCCCCCGGUAUCAUGCUGUAAGAAUUCGAAAAGAAGAGCGACACAUCAAAGAUGGGAAAUACAAAGAGCUCGAGACAAAACAGUGGUUCACAAAAUGGAAUGAAAAUGAAAGUUAUUCUUAGUGACAAAUUCUUCUCAUCGCAAAGUUCAGAGAGAAGUUAAAGUUUUAUUAAUAGAAUAUUGAUGGAGUUAGAUCUAUGAACACUAUUGACAUUCACCAUUUGAUUGUAGAUACUACUACUUAUAUUGAGGCUUUUGUUUGCACAGUUAACAUUGCUUCAAAAGACUUGACUUGCAUUAUUUAAUUUCCAGACUGCCUCUUUCCCCCCUUCAAAUCUAACACUCACUUCAGAAGAUGUUGUGUUGAUUUGGGGUCUUUUCUGCAACAUAUGCAAAACCACUACAGCAGACCUCUUCCUGUGAUCAUAAUCUCUUUCCUAGGGAUGCAAGGAAUGGACAGUUAAGGUCAAGAUAAGUUCUUCAUCCUUCCCUUAAUGCAUAGUCCAUUAUAAACACACAGCUGCCUUAACACACCUUGUGCAAGUACACUUUGAAGACCUGCCAAUCUACUUUAAACUUUGCCUACUGCAGUAGUUAGGGCUUAACAAAAAGCAUCGUCUUUAAAUUACAUGUGCAAUAGGUCAUUUUGCUCGAAUUGUGCGACUCUUGGUCACAACAAAUACACACAGGUUUAUUUUGUU